AGUUAAAACAAAGAGAAUACGGAGUAUUUGGUCAUGGACCGUGGCGAUGGGAACCCCAGCAAGUAUCUCCGAGAAGUGUAUAGCUUGACGGGUUAACCAUCGCUAUUAUCGUCACAACACCGCCGUGGAUACUCCACGCGCCUCCGUGAUCCUCCAUCCCCGGCGGCGCUUUUCUCCCUUUUCUCAAUAUCACCUGUAGCAUAUUCGCAUCCUAUAAAUCUCGUUUAUUGCUAUGGACUUCUUUUAUUCAAUUUGAACUUUUUGGGUAUUGAGCUUGGAGAUUUUUGAAAUAUUGAGAGGUUUGGCUGCGGCUUGAGUGAUUUUAGAUAGGAUGAGACUAUUUCCAGUAAGCUCCAGUUCAUCCAAGGAGUUGCACAGCGAUGAAGAGAGAAGUCGUGCUUUGCUGUACCUAAACGUCUACGAUCUCACAACUAUUAACAACUACCUCUACUGGUUCGGCGUUGGAGUGUUUCAUUCCGGCAUCGAAGUUCACGGGCUAGAAUAUGGAUAUGGAGCCCAUGAGUACUCAAGUAGUGGAGUUUUUGAGGUUGAACCACGAUGUUGCCCAGGUUUCACCUUUAGACGGUCUAUACUGCUCGGCAGUACUGACAAGUCUCCUUCAGAAGUUCGUUCAUUUAUGGUGCAACUUUCUAGAAAGUAUCAUGGAGAUUCGUAUCAUUUAAUUGCCAAGAAUUGCAACCAUUUUACUGAUGAAGUAUGUAUGCAUCUUACUGGAAAACCUAUUCCUGGAUGGGUCAAUCGUCUGGCACGUGUUGGCUCCUUCUGCAAUUGUCUGUUACCAGAAAAUAUUCAGGUCACAGCUGUCCAACAUCCUCCUGAAGUUCAACAAGCAUGUUCAGAAGCUGAGGAUACAGAAUCCGGCGCGUCAUCUUUAACCGAGGUUAGUGAUGGGGAGGAGGAGAUUGACCAUCAUCUGCUAACUGCUCCAAAUAGUAAUGUGGCAUUUUUGAAUGAAAAGCCAGUGAUACUCGCAAGUGACCACCGUUAAAUAAAUAAAUAAAUAAAUAUAUAACCCUCCAGUCCCACAUAAUUUAUUCGCUUCUUUACAGGACUCGUGUUGUAUGUCCAAGUUUGUGAAAAUGUUGUGUUAAGAAAAAGACAUGAUUUAAGGUUUAUGUGUAUCGAAAUCGGAAAAUGCAACUUAGGGACUGUGCUGCUUGUUUUAUCGACUAAAAAUGCACCAAAUACCCUUGAACAAAUUAAAAUGUUGCAUCGUUGGUCGUAAACUAUUAGAUAGAGAGGGCGUUGCUUCCACGCACAAGAAUUGUGAAUAUCAUUCAUCUGACCCUUGUGAAUUUUCCAAAAUAUCUUUACCCAAAAUUGUCAUCUUUAUUUAAAUGUUCAGGAGUAAACCUUACAAUUUUCGAAGAGUUCAGGGGUAUUUGGUGCAAUUUUUAUUGUUCAGGGGUAAACCGUGCAAUUUCUGAAGAAUUCAGGGGUAUUUGGUACACUUUUUAAUGUUCAGGAGUAAACCAUGCAAUUUUCAAAAAAUUCGGGGGUAUACGGUGCACUUAACUCAAAGAACCAGAAUGCAUAAUACGCCGAGGGCGUGACGAGUCGAUUCAAGCCCCAUUACAGAUGGUCUUCAAGCAACAAAUAUCAGCCUCCUUUCUACAAUUAAAGUAUUUAAAUCCCACUCCUAUGAAUGUCAUUUACUCCUUUGGUCCCAUCAAAUUCUUCCAUUUUGAAAGAAGGUGCUGUUGGGGGAGAAGCAACAAGUAGGAUAUGACACCUACAAGGAUCAACUUCAAGACAACCAACCAAACACCCAAAAACGCAGCGUCGCACCAGCUGCGAUUACAGAAGAUCCGUAGCUCCGACUAAUGUGAAACUUGAACAGAUUGAAGCCCAAAGUGUUGGGAACAACCUCUGAAAAUUUCAGCUCAAUCCAACGGUCGGAUCUCCGGCGAUGAUCGGAUUUGUGCGGCUGGUCUGUAAAUUCUGCACCAGCACCUUUCCUCUCUCUAUUCUGUUUUUUUUUCUCUGUUUGCUCUCUCUGCUCUGUUCGUAAGCACUGCCACUGCCCAGCCCUUUUACUCUCUUUUUUUAGUCAACAAAGUAAAAACAUAAUUGGGCCCUCCACCAAAGAAAAAAAUGGAACCCAA